UCUUAAAAUAGGCUUUGUAAUGCCUACAGCGUACAUACCGGAAAGUUCCAUUUUGAGGAGAGACAGUUGAAUGGGAAGGACACGGCGGCGGUGCUGCAAUCGCGACGCGAUUGGACGUGGCUGAAACGUCGCAGCGAGAAAGGCACAGUUCCGUAGUAGAUUUUGCCAUUUCAGUGCUGUCUCCUCACUAACCGAUACAGUGCAGCAAAUGGGUAGCCGUGAAACAGCAGUUGGGUUUUGAGACAUUGAUGUAUCUAUGCCAAGUGGUAUUUCCUCUACGUGCAGACGUGUAGCCAUUACCGUGCAUGUGCGUACUUCACACACAACCGAUAAUUUUUCUCAAUCGCAUUGAAAUUGGAUCAUUAGGUUAGUAACUUAACGUACGGCCAUAGAACACAGGUCAAACGAUAAAUAUAAAUUAAGUGGAGUAGAGCAGACGACUGCGUUCUCGUUUAUUUUUCUGUCAUAUGAACGCUUCCAACCAAUCUCAACAAUUUGCUAUAGUGUCACGUGACUGGUUCGGCGAAUCUCCUCGAGUCAUUUCGCUGCUCUCUGUUGCUGUGUGUUAGGCCUAUUGAGCGUUUUAGGUGUUCUGGCUUGCUGCGUCUGCUCCUCUCUGUUAUUGCAAAACACCGUUCCGGCAUGUGUUUUGCGCUGAAUGAAGACAUCAAGAGCUGCUAGUCAUAACCUGACCUGUUUGAGCUCUAUUUAAUUAGGUUAAUGACAAGUACGAAAGAGUUGCUUCAAGCGUCUGGUUUCUCAUUUGUUUGGGGGUGGCCUUCUCUCUCCAAAGAUGUCAAGCGAAGCAGAAACUGCCCAACAGUCUGCCACAGCUGAUGGCUUAGACACUGACAGCUGUGCUACAUCAAAAUGUGAGCCGGUGCCACCUCAAGGAGCAGCGCAUGAAAUGUCGCGUUACCCUUUCUCAAAACAAGAUAGAGAAUCUCUGAGCAGUGUGAGCAGCGACUCUGGUGAUGUUUCCAAUGGCCAUUGCUGCGAUAUUGAAGAAGAAGGCAUAGUUGUCAUUCCAGAGUACAACACCCCCAUUAUCGGCUAUGAAGUCAUGGAAGAACGUGCAAGGUUUACAGUGUUCAAGAUCAGAGUGGAACAUGUUGAAACUGGCCGCUACUGGUUUGUCUUCAGGCGGUACACUGAUUUUGCAAGGCUGAGCAAGAAGCUCAAACCACGAUUUCCUGGUCUGCAACUCUGCUUGCCUCCCAAGCGCUGGUUUGGAAAUAAUUUUGAUCCCAUGUUUCUUGAGGACCGUGUACUGGGGCUCCAGGCAUUUGUCAAAAACAUUAUGGGCCACAGAGAUAUAAGUAAGAGCCCUCCAGUUAGAGAGUUCUUCUGUUUGGAUGAUCCUCCGGAGCCAUUAGACACCAUAGAAGAAAGCAGGGCAUUGUGUGAAAACUUGGAAGAGCAAGUGUAUCGACUAAACCAGCAAUUGCGUGAACGUGAUGCAGAGAUAGAAGUCCUUCGCUCAGAGUUGGACUCUCUGCGGCUUCAGCAUGGUGUCCUUGUCAAGGCACUCAAGCUGGAGUGUUCUCUGGCGAGCUGGGCCAACGCACAGCUCUCGAGAGACCGGCCACAGCUGCCAUCGUCGCAUGCCUUUGGUCUGCACGCUCUCAACCUCACCUUGUCCUCCAUGGCUGAUGAUUCCAAGGAAGUGGCUGGCAAUCAGGAUCCAGAGAGUUGCCCUGCAACAUCUGAAGCUGGGGGUGGCGGAGAUGCUCGGUGAUCUUUUCGCAGAAGCCAAGAAUCUGCACGGAAUGUACUGUGAAAGUAGUCCUUAUUAGACAUUUUUUUUUUUGUUAUUUUUGUCCAAUUUUUCAAUUGGCUGCAUGGUGAAAACAUGGGACAAUCUUGCAGUCUCCUAUCAUGUGCAACACAACUGAGGUUAGUGCACAAGUAUUGAUACUGAGCUUCUCGUUGUAUGUUAUGCUGCAGCAUAUCAUUGGUCUGGCAGUGGCCAUCUUAAGAUUGUUUAUUAAAGAUAUGAAUGGAAAAGCAAUAUUCUUGGCUUUUGAGCUGGUGUGAAGAUAAUGGUAUUGUAUUGUUGGUGUCAGCCUGGGUAUGUUUCUGUCAGUAGCAGCAGUGCACACCUUUAGUGACAGUACUGAAGUCUAUUUUGAGUCUCGGAAAAAAUGAGAGCAGCAUUACACCUUUGCCAGGAAGCGUAUGACAUGUCUGUAAUGUGUUUGCUGUUUGUGUCAAUGCUCCAGGGCGCAUUAGUUUUUUUAUUGGUGCCUAGAAUAUUAUGGCUGUCAUUGAUGUUUAAUGAGGCAUUGGACAUACUGGAGUACUUUUACAUAAAAGCAAUGCCAUUUUAUUUUAUCUCUGACCCAGCUAUCUUGUGUGUGAAGUUUUUGAAAUACAUGAUGUGGUGUAGAGAAGUUUUUCUCUGCACAGUUGCAUGUGGAAGUACCAUGUAUGUACACAAAAUUUGUAGCACUCUCCAUUGUUUUGAACCACAGUCGCUGAAACAGGUGGUUAGAACUUGAGGAUUGCUACACUCAUUCUUCCUGCACUACAAUGGCCAAAAUGGCACGUUUAAUACAGUAACAUGCUUUUGUUAUGUAAAUAUGUUUUUCUUUAUUCAACCUGGCUGUUCUGGAAUAACAUGCAGCUGUGUACUUUGACACAUUGCAAAGCUUUAGAAGUUUUUCUACUUGUUUUUGAAAGUAGCAUAGAAGUGGUUGCAGACAUGUAGAAACCAAGCUAUAUAUGGAUAACAGUGACCACAUAUUUACCUAUGUUAUUUUUGUGCACUCUUAGAGUGUUUGUGCAGUAUUAACUGGGUUUUGUCACCCUUCCGCCUCUUUUUUUUUUUUUUUCCUCCACUUUUGUACAUGUGAUAUGAAGGAUUUGGAACUCUUCCUCCCUUUCUUUUUUUUUUUAACCCAUUGUCUCUGCUUGUUCUCAUCUUUUUGAAGCAGAAUACACGGUGCCAACAAACUGGUUAGUGAGUACUACGACUAGCUUGUUUAUUCCUCUCAGCUCUAUAGGACACUAGGACACAGUUAUAUUGAAGCAUGUUUAGUGAGCAACAUACUGGGUGCUACACAAGGGAAAAAUUAUGCUUUUGUGUUUUUCAUUGUGCUCAGGCAACUUUAGCACUGCAGAAUCUCAUUAUUGCUUAGCUGCUUAAGGUUAAGCAACACAGAACACUCAGCAUCAUAAGAGAACACACACUCGUCAUGUGAAGUGGCAGUCAUACCCUCCCCUUUCAACUUCCCCCCUUACUUCUGCACCACUGUUUUGCAUCCAUAUGUACCAUCUGCCUCUGUGUUUUCCAGGGCACUUCCUUUAUGCUUCCUUUAUGGCCUGAGCAGGCUCUGGUUGUGGCAGAUCAAUCACUAACACAGGUUGGAUCUAGAAGAAUGGGCAACCUGUAUGUAAAGUGGAAAACUGUGAUGCAUAGUGCAAAAAUGCACACAGAUUUAGUGUGACAGGUGUGCAGGUGACGGUUGCUACUGGUUCUCUACUUUUCCUUUUGACAUCUGAUACUUUGAAACAUUAUUGUCAGCUGGAAACUCAACUUUGCUAAGGUGUUAGACAUGCUAGUGGAGUUUGUUAUAAUUGCUCAUCAUUUACCUGAAAGCUCAUUCGUGCAUCUCAAGCUAUGGAGAUGGCCACCUCUCUCGCCUGUAUCGACAUCGACAGCCGUGCCACCCCAUCCUUGCGCCAUCACAUUAUGCAUUUUGUCCAGACACACUUUUUGAGACUCUAUACUCUUGGAACAGCCGAGAUGCCACUGCAAAGCUGCCACUGUUGUGCCUACUUUGGCUAUGAACAUAAGCACUUGCGAACUUUUGAGACAGAUAGUACCAUCAGCAUAAGUUAAAAUAUGAAUGGGAGAAAGCAUGAUUUUUUGUGCCUGAACACUUGUGGGUACAGUCUGGCAUCGCCACGUAGCUUGUUUGCUAAACAUGCUUUUGUCACGAAGCUCCAUGCCCAAGCCUGAAUCGUGGAACUACAAUGGAACUGAUAAACAUAACAAUGGAAAUAAAAAUUUUUUCUACAUGUAUAUGUUUUAAGGGGAAGUUGCAACUGGAAUGAUCACAUCAUUGUCACAGUUUAUCACUAAUGGCACUGUUGUUUUGAUUGAAUUCCACUUUGUCAUCCUAGUUUCAUGCGUAAAAGAAUGAAAGAGCAUUUUUGCAAGACAAUAAAAAGCUGAUCAAAAAUAAUCAUGGCAGUUUAACAAACUAUGAUUUGGGCAUGUUUGAGCAACUGCCAUUCAAAACAUGGAUCAGUCACCACAGCAACAGCAGCCAGACACGUGGGAAAAAAGUGUCUACUGUUGGGCACAGCUCGCUCAUUCGAUAUCUUAGCAAGAAAAUAGUAAAAAAGUUAUGUCUUUGCAUGAUGUUCAGGCGAAUUCUUGUUUUGCAGUACAGAUUAAUUUUCAUACAAUAAAGUGCAGCCACCUACCAUGUUGGCACAGUGGCAUCAGCGUUGUGCUGCUAAGUCCGGUGGCACAGGAUCAAAUCCCAGCUGCGGUGGUUGCAUUUCAGUGGAGGCCAAAUUUUAAAAAAUGUCUGUUUAUGAUUCACCAGGUGCACAUUAAAGAACCCCAAGUGGUCAAAAUUAAUCUGAUGUCCCCCACUACAGCGUGCCUCAUAAUUGUAUCCUGAUUUUGGCAUGUAAGACCCCAGAAUUUAUUGAAGUGCAGUCUUUUGCACAUUUAAAAUUGCAUUCUAAUGAAAUUUUGCAUAUGUUCUUUCUUUGAAAUAUCUUAUAAAUGUUUAUUAAAGAGGGAGCGUUUCCAACAGAGUUUUGGUCUGGCAUACAGGCGUUUAGAGUUAUUUCUUUUUAACAACAUCCAUUGAAGACUGUAAACCUAAUGUCAUAAAUUUAGUUUAUGGUCAAAAGCAAAUUAUGCUAUCACAUGGCUGUUGGAAAUGAUUAGCACAUGAAAAAAAAAAGCAUGAAGAUGGCGGUGCUUUGGUGGUGUCGCAUUAAAGAGAAGUGGAGCUACAUAAAAAUGAGUGCUAGCUUUAAAAGGAAUGCUUGCAUAAGGCUCAAUAAUUGCCUUCAAUUUUGAUAAUUGUAACUUUAGUAAUGUAAAAAAUGGCUAUCUAAGGAACAUCUACCCCCGCCGUGGUUGCUUAGUGGCUAUGGUGUUGGGCUGCUAAACACGAGGCCGCGGGACCGAACCCCGGCCACGGCAGCCACAUUUCGAUGGGGGCAAAAUGCAAGAACACCCAUGUACUUAGAUUUAGGUGCACGUUAAAGUCCAAAUUUCCAGAGCCCCCCACUAUGGCAUGCCUCAUAAUCAGAUCGCCAUUUUGGCACGUAAAAUGCCAUGAUUAAAUUUUUUAUUUAUUUAAGGAACAUGUACCCUUAAUUUCUACUAAUAGCAGGGACAGCUACUUGGACUUUGUCAUUUUAGACUGAUUAAAAGUUUAACAAAGCUGAAGGGAGAGAGGCUUUGUACUAUGCAUUAGGGGUUCACAACAGUUUAGCUGUCAUUGGCUGGAAGCGUGCAAAAAAACAUGCCAGGCUGGGGCCAUGACAAAUAAAAUUGCAUUUUGUGUGUUAUUGCUAGAAUUCUGUUUUAGGCAGUUUAUAAAAAUUCAGUAAUCCAUAGAUCUUUUUUUUUUUCUUUUUUGCACACAUGAAAUGAGGAUGGCUACGUAUUGAUUGGUGACAAUAGUUGCAUGUACAAUUAAACCUUUUUUUUAUUCUGAUUAAGAUUGAGAACACCGCUUCAUGGUAAGUGACAGGAAUUUUACAUCCCUAAAGCUGCAUCUGGGCCAUGAGCAGCAGCCUAGUUGAGGGCUCCUGAUCGCCUAAGGUAUUUGAAUGUGCACCAGGAUCUUGACACAUGGAUAUUUUUGCAUUUCUUUCUUACAAAUGCAGGCGCCGGGAAGCAAACUGGCAAAUUUGCUUGAGUGAAUCUCGGCUGCAGCAGCUUCAUUUCACGGGGGGUGAAAUGCAUAAAUACCCAUGUGUCAGUUUCAUUAUCGUGCAUUAGGUGCGUAUUAAAGGACCCCAGGUGGUCCAAAUCAAAUCGGAGUUUUGGCACGGGAAACCGCAGUCUCUUUUAUUUUUUAAAUUUGCAUUCGGCAGCAGAGCACCAUGUCCCACUGCAUUAUUACCCACCGCAGUGGGUGCUAAUGCAGCAUUGCACAAUUCUGUUAUAUCUACCAUACCACACCUCUUGCUUCCUCUUGUUAUGAACAUUGCAUAUCAAUCGCACAUCUGUAGGAAAUUGUGCCACUACUCGUUUAACUUCGACACAGUGUUUUGUCUCUUGCAAGCACUACACUUGGCGACUACCUAAGAAUUCACUACAAGCUCCACCCACAAAAUCUGCACCUGUGCCUCAGCUCUUCAAUACAUGAUUCCCAAAAGACUGCUUUGCUCGCCUCUACCAUGAUGUGACUGGAAUGAGUGAGCCUAAUUGUCUGGCAUAUCUAUAAAAAUUCACUGAGUGAGACAGCAGUGUAAUUGCCACUGCAUUCAUAGGCUGUCGCCAACUAGUGCAUAUUGUUAGCAAGAGGAUGUUAAUUGGACCGUUUCAAAUGGCUCUCUACCAGUUGUUGCUGAAGCAAAUGUUGGCUGUGCUUUUGUGCCUUGCAGAUCAUUUUGAGAAAACCUGCUCUGUUUAAAGGUGCGAUGUGAAGCGGCUUUGAACGUGUAAGUGAGAUGUGUUGUACUGCCAUAUGAGGGUGGGACCUAUGAUGGUGCUUUAUGAAAUGCAGUGUCGGAAGCAACUUUCUACUAAGCUGUUGCCUUCUGAUAAAGGAUUUUCAAGUGGAGGACCUUGUGUGAAGCUAUGCUGGUGCCCAGCAAAGAUUAGUGCAAUGAAGCUAUUGUCACACAUUGUUGGUUUGUUUAUCAAUAAAGUGCCUAACUAAUGCGACAUGAACAGCUCAAGCAGUCCCCUUUCUUUCUUGCAAGGUCGAGUUGCUUUGGAUUGUCUUCACUAAUGCAGAUAAGGUGCAUGACAUAUCGAACUUUUCAUUGCUGCCACCACACUGUUGUGAAUUGUGUGUGGCAGCCAUGCUGAUCAUGCUUGUUGCUGUUUAAUAAGAGUUUGUAUGUGCAUUUCUCACAUGAACAUUUUGAUUUGAUGGAGUGCAAGCAUCUUUUAGUUGGGUAAAAAAAGAAAUUUCAAAAUGGAUGCUUUGAAACAUCGCAUGUUUCAGUGUUUCUGAGCAGCUAUUUUGGACAGUUUUGGUAUUUUGGUGAAACUCUUGAGAAAGUUUUGCUGUAUAAUCAUGUUUUUUCGAACUGUAAACUGUGUAGCUUGCAUCCUUGCCAUUGUUUUCUGUUACUGCUACUCCAAAGCCGUAAAAGCUGCUGGAACUGCAAACACCCUGACAGAACAGUGCGCUUAAAUUCUUGGUGUCGAGAGAGCUUGAUGGCAAAGUAAUCGGGAUAAAUAGGUUCACUGUUAUUGAAGGAACCCCCAGUUCAGAAGGCGGCUGUAUUUACACCCCACACCUUCCCUCCGCCUUUGUCCAGGUGCAGUACAGCAGGCGUGUUCUGUUGUUUGACGACUCUUAACGUGGCCCUACAACACCUUCUCUUCAAAACUGAGAAUGCACUGAAGUGAACACAAUGCCUUUCUAAUUAAUGUAUUCCCACAGGAAUGCUUUAGAAGAACCUACUAUUAACGAAGAUAGAAAAAGCACAGUGUUUACUUUUGCCAUUUCUCCUUAAUGUUUCCUCUCAACUGGGAUGGUGCCAAUAGCAGUGACUUGCCUGUUUGCUCCUUUUGCUCCUUUUUGCUUUUUCUUAUUUCCGUGGUGCAUUUAUGGUAGCCCUUCAAUGUUGGCAUUUGACAAAGGAGAGCAACUAAGGAAUGGUGACAGGAUGGGUGAGACGUGUUGACUAUACUGCUGCUUCCUCGUUUGCUAGAAGCCUGGAGGGUUCUGUACGCAUGCAUGACCUUUCACUCAGGUGUAUCUCAUGAUCGUGGAAUAUCGCCCAGUAGCUGGCAUUUAUUGGAUGUCAUACAGGUCCAUGACAGCAUAGACGGGGCAUUAUAAGGGGGCCUUGAAAGCCAUAGAAGAGAGCGAGCAAUCUUUUAUGCGAGAUUGUGAGCUCCCUGCUACAUCCAGUGGAAUAAUAUUUGUUCGCACAUUCCUUGCAGCACUGUCUACAUAUUGCAAACAUUUUCUUAUCUUGUUCAAAAAUCAUUGCAGUGCCCUUAUAACAGUGUAAUAAUUGUGUCAUUGAAUAAAUACCAGUGCAUGGUGAAUUCUGAUAGAUUGUGGCAGCAUUCUUUUGCUUAAAAUAGAUCUAAAAUUUCAUAUGUGCAUAUUGUGUAGCUGAAAGAUGAAAUAUAUUUUUUUAACACUAACAAACUAGCUGCCUUAAAUUACAUCAUUCAUGAAGCCAUUAUCGGUGUACAGGUGUGGUGGGUUGUGCUCAUGGCUUCAGAAAAUGAAAGCAGUAGAAGACAUGUCUGCACUAAACACUGGUAGCUGUAAUGUUACUUCAAGCAUCCGAUAGGUGGUACCUAGAUUAAAGAAAAAUAUAGAAACAACACGUGAAAAUGACAAAACCAAGACUGAAAGAAAUAUUUUAUGACAGGUUGCAUAAUAGUCUUAUAAAAUCUAGGUGGUUUUCUUCGACCGGAUUGUGUAAUCUCGUGUCUGCCUGUCCAUCUCUAUGCACAUGUGUUUGUUUCUGUUUUCGGUUUUGCCUUCCUUUCAUCGGGGUAUAUAUUUAUUGUAUGCCUGCAAUAAACCUUGGAAGUUGCUAGUAA